CUCACUAUUUUUAGUUGUAUAUAUUUUUACAUUUAACUUAAUUUUCUCUAACUUUCUGAAAGCCUUUCUUUCAGUUUCACAAUUUCAUUGUCGUCUAUUCUUAGAGGUUUCUCUAUUUGUAAGAAGGUAAGAGAAACACAACAAUAAAAAAUGGAAGGGAAAGAGAAAGAAGAAGCGAAGAGGAGGACGAUGUUGAAUAAGAUCAAACUCAAGGAGACAGAACAACAAGAGAUCAGCCAAGAAGACGCCAAAAGACAAGAGGCUUACAACAUGUCCCCACGUGCACGUGGUGGUGGUGGCCCGGCGGGUAUGAUGAAGUCGUCGAGUGUGAGGCAAAGCUGUUUAUGCGCGCCAACCACACACCCUGGCUCCUUCAGGUGCCGUUACCACCGUCGUAACGCUGGACUUGGAAUGUCACGUGGCAUAUCCGUACCGUCUAACCUUUCCAUGUUGGCUGGAGGAGCAGGCUCUGAUGCUACCUCUGGCUCUCCCAAGUCCUGAAGUCAUCCCACGGUUAAAAUAACAUAUAAUGAAAUGUUUUCUUCUCAAUUCUAAACUUCUUAAAUGUGUGUUUGUAUAUAUAAUAUUGAGACAGGCUUUGAUUUUCUUUUCUUGUUAUUAUGUUGGUAAAUAAUUUUUUUUACUUUAUAUUAUGUUCUGAUUCUCCA